AUGAAUUGCUAAAUCUCGAAAACAUAUAAUAAAAUUUCUGAUGUUUUCUCUUAAGUUCAAGUUAAGAAGGCUGUUGAAGGAUUAAACACAUAUAGGCAAAGAAUAUAAUUAAUUGAUCAUAUAAUUGAUAGAAGAGAAUAAAUUGCAAAAUCUGAAGAUAUCGCUAAAAUGUAAAAAUAUUAACACGUUUUCAAAAAAAUGUUAAAUAAAUUUAAGAAGAAGAAAAGUGAUUAAGAAUAAUAUAGAAAAUAAGAGCGAUUGGAAAUGGUAAUGUAACUACUGAGCGGAGAAAAGAAUAAAAAGUAAGAAAUCUAGAAAGAGUCUAGAGUAAUUCUUAGAUAUUGUCAGAUAGGCAAUAAGAUUCAUCCAACAAUAAAUAAUAGCGGUGUUACACAAUCUACAAAGACUUAAGAUGAAAAAAAAUAAGAAAAUUCAUAACUUAAAUCAAGAAAAAUAUCCAGAUUUUUUACUGAAAAGGAUCCCCUUCAAAUAGAAUCAUAAAUAGAGAGAGAAGUAUGUUUAUUUUUAGAGAAAAAUAAAGAAUUAAAUUAUUUGUAAAAGGAAAGAUUCUUAAGACUCACAGAUGAUAAUAAGAAAUUUCAAUAUUUAGAAAAUUAAAUUAAAAAACAAUUAAAAUAAUAGGAAUAUCAAUAACAAUAAACAGCUGUCAAAGUAAUUUAAUAUUUUAUAGUAGUAAUAAUAUAAAGUUUAGGAUUUAUUCCAUAAAAAUUAUUUCAAAGGAACUUCAAUGAAAAUAAUGAAGACAAAAAAGGCACAUCCUUUGCAAAUAGCAAACAAUCAAUGUUAAACUGAAAGAUAAAAAUAUUAAUAGUAAGAAUCAUUUGCCUCCUAUGCAGAAUAUAAAUUAAACUAAUUAUAUACAGAUUCUAUAGAUGCUCAGAAAUCUGUAAAAUGUAAACAUCAAUCUUGUCCUAAUAGACUGCGUUAAUCGUAUUUGAUUAGCACUAAUGUUGAUAUAAUUGAUGUUUCUAAUUAAAAACUCUUUUAAACAAGAAAAUUAUAAAAAUGA